GAUGAGUGAGAGGAUACUCGUCAUUUUUGCUGAAGCGUUUCAAAGCGGAGAAAAGCCAUGGCAGCAGCGAACCGUGUCCUUGUUUACGGAGGAAAGGGGGCUCUCGGGUCGGCCUGUGUGCAUUGUUUUAAGACGAAAGGUUGGUGGGUUGCUAGUAUUGACAUCGGAGCGAACGAAGAAGCGAACGCAAAUGUCCUGGUGAAGCUCUGCGAGUCAUUCACCGAUCAAGCUGCACAGGUGAUGUCAGAUGUAGCCACAUUACUGGAGGAACACAAGGUAGAUGCUGUCAUUUGUGUGGCUGGAGGUUGGGCUGGAGGAAACUGCAGCUCAAAAGACUUGUAUAAGAAUUCUGAUAUGAUGUGGAAACAGAGUGUCUGGACCUCCACCAUUUCCAGUCAUCUUGCAUCUCUGCAUCUGAAACCAGGAGGUUUGCUGACCCUUUCUGGAGCAAAGGCCUCACUGGAUGGCACUCCAGGCAUGGUUGGGUAUGGCAUGGCCAAGGCGGCGGUCCAUCAGUUGUGCAAGAGUCUGGCUGGUGAGGACAGUGGUCUUCCGUCUGGAGCUGUAGCUGUGGCCAUCCUUCCGGUUACCUUGGAUACACCAAUGAACAGGAAAUUCAUGCCUGAUGCAGAUUUUGGGAGCUGGACACCGCUGGAAUAUAUCGCAGAAACCUUCUACAGCUGGGCCACUGGGUCAGAGCGGCCAGCCUCCGGCAGCCUCAUACAACUGGUGACGACUGGGGGGAAAACAGAGGCCUCGCUGGCACAGUAAAGCUGAACAAAGGAAAAAAAGAGAAGGAGAGAAAAAGAGCUGAGGAGAGCAUUGUUUACCAAUACUGUGCAGCAGAGGAGAGUGUUCAAACAAAAAGGAUGGAAAAUUUGAGAUUUCCAUUCAUCCAGCCUCAUUGGGCAUACACAGCACUGUGUCUCUGGGUGGACAAAGUAUUGUUUUAUAUUGAUUAAUUUUCAUGUGCUAUACAUCAGUAAAGCAGAACAUAGUUGAAAAGUGUAAUUUCCCUGCUGGGAAAAAACCCCCCGCUUAAAACAGAAGUUGUUGUUGUGCUGGUUUUCAGCAGGUCUCAUGGCCGAAGACAAGCUUGACUAGGCUAGGUCAAGCAGCUAAGACUAACAAACCAUUUUUACAAAUAUAAACAAAUGUUGUGCCGCUGUCAUAUUUGAAAUGCACAUUCCAACUUUUCGGAAGUGGCCUUAGCUUGUGUUUGUGUACAGUAAGUGUGAGUGUCUAUGUUUACUGCCUGAAAUGAAGUAAUUGAAACGAAAUCAUGCUCUAUUUUAAAAACAAUAUUCCCUCUCCAGUGUGUUCUGAUGCUAAUUAUUGUGUGUAGACCAUACUUGCACAAUAAAUAUAA